CUGUGGUAUCAUUAGUGAAAUCGCAGACAUGGCGUCGACUGAGAAAAUUAUUAAGUCUCGGAAACGAAAAUUACUGCUGGAUACCGACAUUUAUGAGCUAGACCCUGAAGAUCGAUCUCCAGUUGCAUCACCACCUACUAUUAUAAUUCCACCUUCCGAUGAGGAUCUCGAUGAGUCUAAUGUAAGCCAGGAGUCAGAGACGUUCGAUAACCUCUCCGGACCUGUCAUCUUCGACAAAACAGUUGGUCCUGGCGUUGCCCCGGAAGGUUUUAUACUCAUCGACGAAGAUGUUGGCGUUGAUGAAACCGAUAAUUCACACAGCCAAAUGUACGAUGCAUCGUCCGAGACAUUGAGACCGAUUUUCAAAGUUAUGUUUAGAGACAUUGAUAUUGCCAGGAAGCACGGGCAGGCCAUUGAAGCAUUUUUAUUAAAUUUGCUUUCUGCGACUACAAAAUCUAAAGGAAAGUAUGACCCUUCUGGCUCUGUACUUGAGAUUUGGGAUCAACAAGGGGUAUCGGAAGAACAAGAAGCCACCUGUUCAACAGUCCCUGACAAUAACCAAUCAGCAGCAGAGGACCAACUUUUUGUGAUUGAUACUCAGCCUAAAUUAAAAGAUGAUUUAGACAUUCCUACAUAUGGAAAGAAAUUCGAAAGAGUAUUAGAAAAACAUGCCGAGAAGAUUGUGGCAAACCUACCUGAAGAUCACGCUCCAAAGUUGUCAUGUUUCAACUGCUUGGGCAAUCACAAUUUACGUGAUUGUAUCAAGCCGCGCAAUCAUGCCAAUAUAAACAGAAAUCGGAAGGAGUUUACUGCAAACAUGAAGCCUAGAAAUGGAAGAUAUCACUUAGAGGAAGAACAAAAAUUUGGACAUUUUGUGCCAGGGCAUCUGAGUAAAAACCUUCGAAAAGCUUUGGGGCUUAGAGACAAUGAACUACCUAGACAUAUUUACAGCAUGAGAUUACUUGGCUACCCUCCAGGGUGGAUGGAGGAAGCUCGAGUACAACACUCUGGAUUGACGCUGUUUAAUUCAGAAGGGAAUGCAGAUCUUGAUCCCACUGACGAAGAAGGAGAAAUUAUUGUUGCUGGAGAAAAAGAUGAAUUUGACAUCAAGAAAAUAUAUGACUUUCCAGGAUUUAAUGUCGUUCCUCCUCACGGUACACGAGAUGAAUACAAGUAUUUUGGAACACCACGAAUGCAAGAAAUGCAUAGCAAGGAGGUCAUGCUUUCAAGACUGAGUGGUAGAAAAGUGCAGGACGGUUAUCAGAGAAAGAAGAUGAAAGUGAACAGAUCUGGAACGGUGAAAAACACGUCCAUUUCUCCUAUUGAAAUGGAAAUUGCGGAUAUAGAAGAUGAUGUGGUUGCAACUUUGGCAGUAAAUGAAUUAUGCACCCCGCCGUUACCUACGGACACACCUCCCAAGCCUGAUGAACCACCCGAAGCACCGCAAAACUUUGAUAGUCAGUCGCAAAAUCUACCAUCUCCUAACUCCACGCAGCAAAAUACGGUGCCAUCAUCGCGAGCAGGUUCACCAUCACUGUCUGAUUUAGAGAUUGCGAAAAAACAACUUCUUGCGGAGUUGGAUGAACCCGCGCUACCAUCAGAUCCAGGAAAAUCUGUGAAUGUUGGAAACUUGAGUACCAUUUCAAAUCAUUCUGACAGCACUGGAAUGCCGCCCCCGUGUAAUGCAGAGCAUACACCCCAGUCGACUAGAAUACAGAACAGGGAAAACAAUUCUCAUUCAAGUAACACAGGUGCAGUGAAAUCCAUCAACCUGGGCACUCCUGUUCUACAAAGUACAUCACCGUAUAACAGGCUACCGUCGUCUGAAAAAUUUUCUAAAGAUAUUUGUGACGUAUUAAAUUUUGAAAACCUGCCGGAUUCAACAGGUCAAUAUGAGAAAAUGAGCGAGAUUAUUCAAAAAGUACGUGGUACGGUGUCAAAGUUGCAACAGGAAUAAUUGUCAGAAUAUUAAGGAAAUGUUCAGUCUGUGGGUUUCAUUUCUCUGUUUGAAAGUUCAUGUUUCGAAGUGUAAAAUAAAUAAUUGUUAUUACAUUGUAAUUUCUUAAAUUACAUAAGAAUUAUUCUUAUACAAUUCAAAAGAAAUGAAAAUAGCUUAUGAAUAUUAUAAUUUUACAGUCUGUAAAAUUGUCAUUCGAGUAACCUUAAUUAUAUACAAGAUACUACUUAUAAAUAGUGGCGUAAAAUUAUUAUACCGUGUGUCUGUGAAGAAAGUGCGCAUCUUAUCCGCGUGCGUUAAAUCGUUCGAAUUUUAUUGGCUGACAGUUAUCGCCUGAUUGAACAGCCGAUGCAAUACUAAUCGCAACUAUCAGAAAAUGUCCUUAGGGGCCCACCGUUACCUGUGGACAACUGCUGUUGGUGUUGUUACGAAAAACAAUUCGUCGAUUCGGAGUUGAUCCGAAGUAAAAUCAAUCAGACACACGUUAAUCAUGCCAGUCAAGUCAUCGGAUUCCUUCCAUGGUCAAUUUAUUACUGUAAUCCGAAAAUCAUUAUUAACAAAAUACUUAUCCAAACCUUUGUGCUCCCUUUGCGAACUCGGAAGAGGUUAUAUUCGCAAGGGAAGCGCGCAGUUUUGGUGAAGUAUUUUGUUAAUAAUAAUUUUCGGAUUACAGUAAUAAAUUGAUUAUGGAAGGAAUCCGAUGACUUGAUCGACACGAUUAACGUGUGUCUAAUUGAUUUUACUUCGGAUCAGCUCCGAAUCAACGAACUGUUUUUCGUAACAAAACCGACGGCAGUUGUCCACAGGUAAUGGUGGGCCCCUAAGGGCAUUUUCUGAUAAUUGCGAUUGGUAUUGCAUCGGCUGUUCAAUCAGGCGGUAACUGUCAGCCAAUAAAAUUCGAACGACUUAACCGCACGUGCAUAAGGUGCGCACUUUCCUCAUGGACACACGGUAUACGAAUUGUAAUUGGUAAGGUCAGAAAAAUUCUUGUCAGCCAAUAACAUUAGGUAAGUCUGAUGAGAAUUUUGGAGAACAAAUAACUUAUCCGAAUGCCGCCAGUAAAUUAGCUACUUUGGAUGGUCAAUGGACUGUGGUAUACAUAAUGCAAACGAUAUUGAAAGUGGCAAAAUACAUAAGAAUAUACAGAUCCCAUUAAAUCACCUGAAUUUGAAAUGUGUAACAUGGACAAAAAAUUCAGAAUUGUUAGGUCUGGAGUAGUAUUUAGCAAUACCAGAAAAAUAUUGCUCAACUAAUUCUAUUAUUAUAAUAAUUUUUUGAAGCCCCAACUUUCUGAGAAAACUUGCAAGGGGUCCUGGAUUGAUCAAGAAUGGCUCAUAAGAACAUUCAAUCUGAUAAGUUAUAAUAGAUUUUAUACACGUGUAUUGUUACUGUACAGAAUAUCUCAGAGAUAAAUUACAAUUAUUCGUAUUUUCCAAUUACAAAAUAAAACAGAAUUUAUAAUCGAUGACUGAUUAUUUACCAAGCUGAUAACUACUGAUAUUACGAUUUGUGGAGACUUUUUCUUCCAUCUUCACAAUAAUAGUACAUUCUAUAUUCAGGGUGGUAAGAAGGAAGUCCCACUAGUGAAAUCGCCUACUGCCAGUCGUGCAUGCAAUUUUUUUAUUGUUCUAGUCUAUUUGAAAACUUGCCUUUCGCACAUGUAAAGUGAGUGCAAAAAGUUGCUGUUUUAUGAGUACUACGCAAGUGGGCGGGCAUGGAACUCUGCGCUCGCUUGCGAGUGUGCAUGAAAACGUCAGUUUUCCGCCCACUUCCCUCGCACAACAAGGCGUUUUUUUGAGGAGGGUCGGCCAUAAUAUAUAUUCGGAUAGUUUAAUUCUAAUGCUAUGUGUGCUGAGAUUCAAGUACAUGAUGUUUCACCUGUUAUCAUCUGCUAUUGAGUAUAUCUCUUAAAGCGAGUCUCUUAUAUCACUUCGUGUAAACCCUCUGUGAAUACGAAUUAACUGCCUCAUGUCAAAUCCUCGAUAGCUGUGUUAAUUUGUUUUAUUACUACCCUAUUGUUUUAUUUUACUUCCUUCUUGUAUUACUUACCUUGUUGUUAAAAUAAAAUCUGUUGAGAUUGCGAAUGCCAAUUUCAUGGAUUUUAGUUAUAGGAAAAGGAGUAUUCUGGAUGUAAUUGAUAUUGUUGGGAGAAAGUAAAGUGUCAUUAAAAAUAUUUAUUAUUUAUAGAAAACUUAGCUGGAAUUUUACAAUUUUGGGAAAAAGUUUUAGAUGAUGAUAAUAUUUAUACAGAGACGUAGAUCUUUGUAAAUAUUCUCGACAUUCAAAAAUAUUUCGUUUAUAUACAUAUAAAUAUGUGAUGGUUGAUGGUCUUACAAUUUCUUUUACAUUUUUCAUCAGUGUUUGUCUCGCUGGGGAAGAAGUAUAUAAUUUUAUGUGAUUUUGAUUUCAUCAGAUAUAACAAAUAUUGAACCUUGGCCAAGAAAUUACAAUUCAUUUGAAAUAACUAUCAACUAUAGUAUAGAAAAAUUACAAAAUUCUUUAUCCUAUGAAAAUAAUGGAAUCUUUGUGGAAAGUUACAUCACAAUUAAAGUCCUCAGGUUCAACCCAUAGCCGAAAUGGUGAAAAGUUUUGACUCUUAGUUUUGCAAUCUAAUUGAAGUUACAAACGAAUGAAGUACUAGAACUAUUAUUAGAGUUAUUUUAGUCAAAUUUGACACCUGAAAUAAAAUUCUAAUUAUUGGCAGAUUUGUAAUUGCAGACUAAAUACAUAUGCAAUUUUAGUUUAUAAUUAUCGGCCAUGAAGGCCAUAUCCGUACAGAGAAACGGUUUUGGGUAAAAUCGUACACAGAAGUUGUAGGGAAAGAGAUUUACGAUAUGGCCUUGUCCCUGAUUAGCCAAACUCAGAUUAUUAAUUUGCCCCUUGUUGCUGGAAAUUUUCUCUUGGGUUCCUAUAAAGAUGGGAGUUGUACUGCAUUGAUAGCCGAUCAAAGUUCUGAGUGGUUAAAACUCUGAACGGUUAAAACUCCGAACGGUUAAAACCCUGAUCAAUCAAAGCCUUAAAUCGGAUAGAGUUCCGAAUGUUACCAACCUUUGGAAAUGCCCCGAAGCAUUUACUGCAUAUA